GAUGGCAUUUGCUGGCUUAUUUGUGUAGCUCCGCCCUGCAGCACCUGAUGCUGAUUUAAAGCUCUUUCAAACUACGAGGCCUGCUAUGUGGCAAAGUCAGCAUGACAACACACAUUGAAACCCUACUUCAGAGUCCUUUGGAAUCAAGGGACUUAUCAUUUCCUCCAUGGCCCAACCCUGAACUACCACAAGACAUGAAGCUCAGGCUGCCUCUUCCCCCUGGUAGCCCAGAGCCCUGGCUUCUCCCAGGCUGCAGCUCGGUAUAUGACAGCCUGGUCAGCUCUAGGACGCCCCAGUCACCUAUGAGUGGAGAUCAGAAUUCCUCCACCGUGAGCAAACCUCGCAGAUCCUCUAUUCUCGAGAGGUGCAUCCUGAAGAUUUCUACAGCUAACGUUGCUGUAGGGACAGAGGAUCUAGAUGAGCUCAAGAGAUCCCCAACAAGGCUCCGGUGGCGUUCUCACAAUGUAGACCCAUCGUUUUUUGAGACUAAUGAGUCUGUAUUAAAGCGAAGACAAAAGCAGAUUCAGUAUGGAAAGAACACUUGUGGUUACCAGAACUAUGUGAAGCAAGUGCCAAAGCGUUUUCGCAUCCCUGGGUUUCACCCAUCUACUCCCAACAAAUAUCGCAAAUAUAGCCGAAGAUCUUGGGACAUGCAAGUCAGGCUUUGGAGGAGAGCGCUGCAUGCGUGGGACCCACCUUUGACCUCUCAAGGAAAUGAAGGAAAUGAUCCCAUUGAUCAACUGCAGGGUUUGCUUGAGCAAAUGAACACUGACCUGGGUGAAGAAGGAAAGGGAGAAAAGGCAAGGAAGUUGGAAACAUCUGACCCCAAUGUUUCUGUACUUGCUCAACCCACUGAGGGUUCAACCAAUGGGUUCUUGAAGCCUCUUGUGCCUCAGGCUGAAAUAACAAGCCAGCAAGGCCAGUCUUCUGGUUUGGGCUAUACCUUUAACAGUCACCUAACUGCUGAGGAGAAUGUUUUGGGAUGGCUGAGGUUUCUCUUGGAGACUGACAACACAUGCAGUGAAGCUGCUUUGCAGAAUGAACAGCCACUAUGGAGAUUUUACUGACUUACCAUGAUUUCUACAAACCAUGUCUAAACCAUGUUUUCCAGGGAAAUAAGUGUACCUUUUGUUUGUCUAGUAUCUCAAGCUGUUGCAUGCACAGAGCACACUGAUGGUAGUUUAGCAUCAAACAGCAUCUUCGUAACAUGGAUUCAUUGUUAACGCCACUGUUAACCUCCACAUCACGCUUUCACUACUUUAUGUUCAUUAAGUUCUAAUUUGUUUCCAUCACUGGUUGUAUUUUCACUUUCAUAGCCUCUUGGUCACCUGCUAUAAAAUCCUGCUCCCAAAAGCACUUUGUUCUGUUCACGCUUUCUAAACUUUACAUCCAGUUCCUUGGUUUCCACUUUCAUCUUUUUUGACUAAGUUGCUGGUAAUUCUUACCAUUCUUUUUGUACCUUGCAUAUUUUUGUACAACUUAAAGUAGUGGAAAACAAACCUAAUAAAGAUGUGUUAAAUGUU